GGGUAUCCAGGGCACCCAAUAAAGGGCAAAACCUGUAAUAGGGCAUCAGGACUGUGUGGUUAGAGAGGCUGGGAGUCAGGAAUCCUGCGUUCUAACUUGGCUCGGGAAGGGGAGUGGUGGCUAGUGGGUUAGAACAGGGGGGUUGGGAGUCAGGACUCCUGGGUUCUCUCCACAGCCUGGGAAUAGAGUUGGGCUGAGGAUAACGGGGAGAUGCACCAGGCACUGGGGCUGUGGGGUUCACAGUGUCUCAGGACCCUGCCCUGUGCGCACUUCUCUCCUAACUCCCUGCCACACCCAGAAUCUCUGGGGCCCUGGGUGGGAGGAGCUGCCCCAUCCCACCCACAGCUGCCUGGUCGUGCUGUAUAUAAUGACACCUGAAGGGGAAGGAGACUCAGAGAUUCAGCUCUGCUGGCAGCUGGAUCCAUCUCUGACUGGAGCCCAGGAAUUGGGGCGAGCCAGCAGCAGAGGUAUCAUGGCCCAGAGGGGACCCUACCCAACACUGCUGCUGGUCUUGCUGGCCGCGUGGCUGGCUCUGGCCAGGGGGGAGACAUACUACAAGAAGUUCUUGAGGCAGCACGUCGAUUACCCAAGGACUGCCAUCCUGGAUGCCAGGACCUACUGCAACCAGAUGAUGCAGCGCAGGGGCAUGACCUCGCCAGUCUGCAAGUUCACCAACACCUUUGUCCAUGCCAGCACCGACAGCAUUACCACCAUCUGCGGCCCUGGGGGGACCCCGGUGAGUGGGAACCUGCGAGACAGCACAGCCUCCUUCGCCAUCACCACCUGCCGGCUGCAGGGGGGAUCACAGAGACCGCCCUGCAACUACAACGGGGGCACCAGCACCCAACGCAUCCACAUCACCUGUGAGGGGGAGCUCCCUGUGCACUACGACAGAGCGAUAUAGCUUGGGCCCAUUGCACAGCACUGUCAGUCCCCCCAGACCCUGUUCCGCUGAUGCCCCUAGUGCCCAUUAUACAGUAGAGCCGCCCCCUCCCCGCCUCCACCCUCUGCUGCCCCUAGUGCCCAUUAUACAGUAUAGC